UCUGUUCGCUCGUUUCGGAACCUCAGACACUUCAACUUCUCCGGCAACAGUUUCCUCGAAGGCUCGACGCCGAUUGUUCCACGACGCUUCAUCUUCGCCGAGGACGACGGAGAGAGCAACGACGGCAUAACCGCUCUCGCGCCAUCUCCGAGAUCAAACAAAAGGAGGAGGAGGAGCUACUUUCCCAGCGCUUCUUCUCCGGCUCCCGGACCGGCACCUCACCACCACCACAAUCACAGGAGAAAGAUUCUGGGAUGGAUCCUCGGUUUUCUGGCCGGAGCAUUUGCAGGAAUAAUAUCCGGUUUCAUAUUCUCAUUGCUUUACAAACUGACAAAGGCAUUACUGAAAAGAGGAGGCAAAGGCGCUGGCCCUGAUAUCUUCAGCCCUCUGAUCAAGAAAGCCGAGGAUUUGGCAUUCUUGGAGAAAGAAGAUGGUUUGGCGAACUUGGAACUCAUCGGAAAAGGUGGCUCCGGCGAGGUUUACAAGGCGGAGUUACCAGGAAGCGACGGAAAAAUGAUUGCCAUAAAAAAAAUCAUACAACCACCGAAGGAUGCGAGUGAAAUGGCGGAAGAAGAGAGCAGAGAUUUGCAUAAAAAGAUGAGACAAAUCCGGUCGGAAAUCAACACAGUCGGCCAUAUCAGACACCGGAAUCUGUUACCCCUUCUUGCUCAUGUUUCCCGCCCUGAUUCUCACCUCUUGAUUUAUGAAUACAUGAAGAAUGGAAGCUUGCAAGAUUUGUUACACAGAAUUCAAGAGGGAAAUCAGGAACUGGACUGGUUAUCAAGGCACAAGAUCGCCAUUGGAGUAGCUUCUGGACUUGAGUACCUUCACAUGAGUCAUAGUCCAAGAAUCAUUCAUAGAGAUCUCAAACCAGGAAACAUUCUUCUUGAUGAUGAUAUGGAAGCUAGGAUCUCCGAUUUCGGUCUUGCAAAAGCAAUGCCUGAUGCUCAAACUCACAUUACUACUUCCAAAGUUGCGGGUACAGUUGGUUACAUUGCACCAGAGUAUCACCAGAUUCUUAAAUUCACUGAUAAGUGUGACAUUUUCAGCUUUGGGGUGGUGCUUGGAGUUUUAGUGACCGGAAAACUUCCCUCUGAUGACUUCUUCCAACACACGGAUGAGAUGAGUAUAGUGAAAUGGAUGAGGAAGGUUAUCAUCUCGGAGAAUCCAAAGGAAGCCAUUGAUGAGAAGCUUCGUGGGAAUGGUUUUGAGGAGCAAAUGCUUCUUGUUCUUAAGAUUGCAUGCUUUUGCACUAUGGAUGAUCCUAAGGAGAGACCUAAUAGCAAGGAUGUUAGGUGUAUGUUAACUCAAAUCAAGCAUUGAUGACAUGAAUCUCUCUUAAAUAAAGUGAAAAAGAAACAAAGGACUAGAUUCUCUCUA